AUGGAGGAUCAGUUUGGCGGUCGCACAGAUGACGAUCUGUUUUUCGACGAUUUUGAGCCCGUGAACGAAUCUCGGCCUGUCGACACCGUUGAGACAGUCGCCCCUCCUCCUCCUCCCCCUCCCGCCGCUGUCGCAACACCGCCCGCCGAGCCCCCCAAACCCAAACCUGAACCAGUCGCCCAGAAGCCCGUCGAGCAGCCUCAACAACCCAAAGCGAAACCUGUCCCAACGGCGCCACGCGGUCUCGCCAACUCCAGAUUCAACCCUAAUAAGCCCGCAGCUGCCCCGCGUCCUCCCCGCCAAGCGGCCCCUGCGCCCACCAAUUCAACCAGCGCAACCAACACCACGACUACCCCCCCGCAAGCGCCAACCGGUCCAGCAGCGCAAUCGCAAGCACCAGCAGAUGCUCCCACUGCGCCCGCCAAUACCAACAGCAAGACAAGCUCGCCUGUGCCUGGCCAGGCGCCGCAUCGCGAAAAACAGCAACAUGCGCCUGCGACUGGCGGCAACACAGCCCCAAACGCGGAGGCGCGUCUCCAAUCCGGUGCGAACCCACGGACCAAGCUCACCGAGUCCGAGCUGGCGGCCAAGAUGGAGCAAAUGCGCAUCCUGAAUGCUGAGAAGACGCGCAAGUUUGAAAAGGCGGAGCAGGAUGAGCGCAGUCACGCAGAGGCUUACGCGCGCGGCAUGGAGGAGGCGCGCAAGCGCAAGCAGAUGGAUGAAGAGCGGCGAAAACGCGGCGAGGAGGAGCGCAAGCGCAUGGACGACGAGCGCGCCAAGAAUAGAGAACGUAAGCUCAAGGCCAUGAGCAUGAAGGAAGGCGGCUGGGACGAGGGCAAGGAAGCGCUUGCGGCGGAAGAAGACAGGAGGGGUUUCCGGGGCGCGAACGGCGGCAUCAGAGGCGCCAGAUCCGGCGGCGGACUCUCGGGUAGCAGGUUUGCGAACGAGGGUGAUGCGGAAGGUGGCCGUUACGGCGACCGGCAUGGCGAUCGCGAAGACCGAAGGGGUGGUCGCGGGCGCGGUCGGGGGCGGGGUGGACGUGGCGGCCGCGGCGGAUACGGUAACGACUCCGAACCCAGAGACCCCGCAUCGAACGGCAGCCGCCACGCGAAACCCUCUGCGCCCGAGCCCAAGGUGCCCGCCAUCAGCACCGAAGAGUUCCCCGCCCUUCCCAGCAAGGGCAAGACCGGGGAGACUUCACCACCUGUGCUGUCGCCUCUCGGAAGGUGGGACGACGAAAUGGAGGCUUUUGAUGCCAGGAUGAAGGGCGAUGCUCAGGCUUAA